GGUCAAUCAACGUCUUGUACUCGUCGCCGGCGCCGCCCGCCGCCCGUCGCGUCCCAUUUUUAGAUAAGUUUUUCUACGCGUCGCGCGAGUGUAUGGCCACGUGUGCUGCUUUGUGGCCUAAAAUUUAAUUGAAUUCCAUUUCUUUUAAUUUAACUAUUGAAAUGGCAUCUGCCGACAAAAGUUGCGGUGAUAGGAAGUCUCUGAAGUUAUACCACUUUCCAAUCAGCGCUCCUUCUAGAGGCGCUUUGCUCGCUGCAAGAACGAUUGGAGUACCAAUCGAAGUUGAAAUUGUAAACUUAUUUGAAAAAGAACAACUGAAAGAAAGUUUCAUAAAGGUGAAUCCGCAGCACACGGUGCCAACCCUUGUCGACAACGGGUUCGUAUUAUGGGAGAGCCGAGCCAUCGCUUCAUACUUAGCUGAUAAGUACGGGAAAGAUGAUCAAUUCUACCCUAAGGACUUGCAGAAACGCGCUGUUGUCAAUCAAAGACUUUACUUCGAUGCGUCUAAUUUGUUUGUAAAGAUUAGAGCAAUUUGCUUUCCAAUUCUAUUUCUCGGAGAAACCGUGAUAAAGCAGAACCUUAAAGAUGACCUGAACAAUGCGUUAAAUUUUUUGGAAACAUUCCUAAAUGGUAGCAAAUGGGUGGCUGGAGACAAUUGCACCAUAGCAGAUACCUCUAUCUACGCAUCUUUAUCCAGUAUCCUUGCAGUGGGAUGGGAUAUUUCUUCUUUCCCCAACAUCCAGCAGUGGGUCAAAGAUUGUAAAGCUCUACCAGGCUUUGAAGAAAACCAGGAAGGAGCCAAACAAUUUGGAGAAGCUGUAAAGAAGAAUCUUAAAUAAUAAACAACAGCUUGUUAUCAACUUUAUAAUUAAUGAACAUAUUGAACUUACAAAUAAA